ACAUGAAUUGACUGUCAACAUGCAAGAUGGCCACGCAUCACAGGCAAAAUGCUGCUGGGCGGAGAAAAGUACAGGUGUCCUACGUCAUUAGAGAUGAGGUGGAGAAGUACAACCGAAAUGGGGUGAACGCACUCCAACUAGACCCUGCGCUGAACCGGCUCUUCACUGCUGGACGGGACUCUAUCAUCCGGAUAUGGAGUGUCUACCAGCAUAAACAGGACCCGUACAUUGCCUCCAUGGAGCAUCAUACAGACUGGGUUAAUGACAUAGUGCUCUGUUGCAAUGGAAAAACAUUGAUAUCUGCCUCAUCAGACACCACGGUCAAAGUAUGGAACGCGCAUAAAGGCUUCUGUAUGUCGACGUUACGAACACACAAGGACUACGUGAAAGCUCUGGCCUACGCUAAGGACAAGGAGCUGGUGGCAUCAGCAGGCCUUGACCGGCAGAUCUUUCUUUGGGAUGUGAACACACUAACAGCGCUCACUGCUUCCAACAACACUGUCACCACUUCGUCACUCAGUGGGAACAAGGACUCUAUCUACAGUCUGGCUAUGAACCAGAUGGGCACAGUCAUUGUAUCUGGAUCCACAGAAAAGGUCCUGAGAGUGUGGGACCCUCGAACAUGUGCAAAACUGAUGAAGCUAAAAGGACACACAGACAACGUCAAGUCGCUGCUGCUGAAUCGAGACGGCACUCAAUGCCUGUCGGGCAGUUCGGACGGGACCAUCCGCCUCUGGUCACUCGGCCAGCAGAGGUGCAUCGCCACCUACCGGGUGCACGAUGAAGGCGUCUGGGCCCUGCAGGUCAACGAGGCCUUUACACACGUCUACUCUGGAGGCAGAGACAAAAAGAUCUACUGCACUGACCUGCGUAACCCAGACAUCCGUGUGCUCAUCUGUGAGGAGAAGGCUCCGGUGCUCAAAAUGGAACUGGACAGAUCUGCUGACCCACCUCCAGCAAUCUGGGUCUCCACCACCAAGUCAUCCGUUAAUAAAUGGUCUCUAAAGGGAAUGCACAACUUCCGAUCAUCAGGGGAGUAUGACAAUGACUGCACUACCCCUCUGACACCACUGUGUACUCAGCCAGAACAAGUCAUCAAGGGAGGUGCCAGUAUCAUACAGUGCCACAUUCUGAAUGACAAGAGACACAUACUCACCAAAGAUACCAACAACAAUGUGGCUUUCUGGGAUGUCCUGAAGGCUUGUAAGGGUGAAGACUUGGGGAAAGUGGAGUUCGAUGAAGAGAUUAAAAAGCGAUUCAAGAUGGUCUACGUGCCAAACUGGUUCUCUGUUGAUCUGAAAACCGGGAUGCUCACCAUCACAUUGGAUGAGAGUGACUGCUUCGCUGCCUGGGUGUCUGCAAAGGACGCUGGGUUUUCAAGCUCUGAUGGAUCCGACCCAAAGUUGAACCUGGGUGGACUGCUGCUCCAGGCUCUGCUGGAGUUCUGGCCCAGAACUCGCAUCAACCCCAUGGAUGAGGAGGAGAACGAGGUGAACCAUGUGAACGGUGAGCAGGAGAACAGGGUCCAGAAAGGAAAUGGAUAUUUCCAAGUGCCACCACACACGCCAGUCAUCUUUGGAGAGGCAGGAGGCAGAACUCUAUUUAGGUUGCUAUGUAGAGAUUCAGGAGGAGAGACUGAAUCGAUGCUGCUGAACGAGACUGUUCCUCAGUGGGUUAUUGAUAUAACUGUAGAUAAAAAUAUGCCCAAGUUCAACAAAAUCCCAUUCUACCUCCAGCCCCACUCUUCCUCUGGUGCAAAAACUCUAAAGAAGGACCGCCUCUCGGCCAGCGACAUGCUCCAGGUGAGGAAGGUGAUGGAGCACGUUUACGAGAAGAUCAUCAACUUGGACAACGAGUCGCAGACCACCAGCUCCUCAGCCAACGAUAAGCCGGGGGAGCAGGAGAAGGAGGAGGACAUGGCCAUGCUAGCCGAGGAGAAGAUCGAACUAAUGUGUCAAGACCAGGUUCUAGAUCCCAACAUGGACCUGCGAACAGUUAAACAUUUUAUCUGGAAGAGCGGAGGGGACUUGACGCUUCACUAUAGGCAGAAGUCCACGUGAAAAUCCUAAUUUUUAAAACAAGAACUCUUCGUCAUUUGCCAAUCACCACCCACCUCUGACAUGUAGUACCCUAAACCCCAUUGUGUGGUCAAGAGUCGCAGUAUCAAUGAGAAUCCAGUAAAAGUUGUGAGGACGAGGCUCAUGGUGUAUCAUAGGGAACUGACCAGAACAGACCGGAGCAGCCAAGAGACACCCGGGAGAUAAGUGGUCCAUAGUUUCUUUUUUUUUUUGUUUACAGUUUGAAGGAAGGACUCUGUUUUCUCCAGCACUCACCAAUUUCUCUUCUUCUUCUUCUUUUUUUUCUUUUUUUUUAACUCUGACUGCUGUUUGUUCUUUCCUUCCGAUUGGCGUUUUAUUUUGAAGCGACAGUACGUGUUUGUGUCCGAGCGUGUGUGUGUAUAUGCACAUGGAUGUAGUAGACUGUUUGUUUGUUCUAGUACAUUCCAGAAACUGUCCGACAAACACUCCACACCCGUCUCAGCAGUUAUCACCAGUUUAGGAGUACACUUGGUCUCUGGGUAGCAUCACAGUCCCUCGAAAAAGCAAUCCUCUGUUCUGCUGUCAUCUUAACUUGAACUUAAAGGGACAGUUCACCCCAAAAUCAUUAAUAGAGAUUUUUCCUCUUACCUCUUGCCCUGUUUAUCAGUCUGGAUUGUUUUGAUGUGACUUGCUUGCAUUGUUGUUGGCGAUAUUGGCGGUAGAGAUGUCUGCCUUCUCUCAAAUAUAAUGGAACUACAUGGUGCUCGGCUUGUGGUGCUCAAAGCGCCCCAAAAAAACCUCAAUAGCAAUUUCUCUUUUCAGAAAUCAUGUUCAUUCACUCAAGAUAAUCCAAAGACCUUGUUGUUGUUGUUGUUGUUGUUGUUGUUGUGAGCAAACCGGCAGCGAAUCUGCAGAUUCUUGGAUAGCGAAGGAACGACCCACCUUACUCUGCCUCUGAUUGGCUUACCCUGUAAUUCUUACUCCAACCAACCCCUCUCCUGUUGCCUUGACCUAACCAAUCCAACCAACAUAGGCAACAAGUACAAGCCAAUCACAGGGAGCGUAGGGCGGGUCACUCCUACGCUAUCCCUAGAUUCGCAAAUUUGCAAACAGGAGGGCUGGGAGGUGGGCUUACCUCCUACUGCUGCCGACAUCAGGUGGAAGUGACACUAAGAAGACGUUGAUGGGUCUGGAGUGAACGUGUGUUGAAUAUCUAACUUAAAACUAACUUCACUGUGUGAGGCAGCCGUGGCUGGCGUGACUACAGACAGGAACAUGCGCAGAGUUGGUGUGCUUGGGAGGCAUACAGUCCACGCGGUUGCAAAAAACAGGCGGCAUGCAGAUGUUCACAUGGGGGUCCAUGCUGACUCGAGGCCAUGGAUAAAUGACGACAUUUACAUCACGCAGACUGAGGGUUUCAAUCACGUAUGAGUGAAUCUGACUCUGGCUAAUAUUCCCCUCUUCUUCACUUCCAUUCAUUGCGAGCAGAGGGACGAAUUCACUCCUGAUGGGGUGGCAAAAUAGCAUCUUCACACCAAGUGGGGUUCAACUUCGGUGACGUCACAGCCUCAAACAAUAGCAAAGAAGCAUGUGUGGAGGAGACACUGAUUGUUGCUGUUCAGUGUAGAAAGUUUCUUUUUUUUUCAGACAAUGAGUUUUUAAGGAGAUGUAGUUUACCUUGACAUGUUUCAACUGUCACUUCAGUCUUCUUCAGAAGCGUCAUCUGACGUGCGUCAUGAUGUGUCUUUAUCAGCUGGUAGUAUCCAGGAGGCGCAAUCCGAUUUGCCAGGCUGGUCAUGCCUCCGGGAUACUACCAGCUGAUAAAGACACAUCAUGACGCACGUCAGAUGACGCUUCUGAAGAAGACUGAAGUGACAGUCGAAACAUGUCAAGGUAAACUAAAAACUCAUUGUCUGAAAAAAAGAAACUUUCUACACUGAAUCUAAUUUGCGUAGACAAAAUGAACCUAUUUACACUGAUAGCUGCUGUGUUUAACCAGCUGAUUUCGUACGAUAUACACGUACACGCCAACUGUAUCACCACGUAGAAGGAAGUGUACAUCUACUGCUAGGUAACCACUGAGCUAGCUAACGUUUUAGCUCAGCAGAGGAGGACGCCAUUAAUGUUAACACGCCUCCUUCUGUGCAGUGAUACAGUUGGUGGGUGCAGUUUUGUAGAAAGAAAAUAGUUCCUACAUGAAACUGCUCACAACAAGGUCUGUGGAUUAUCUUGAGUAACCAGGUCAUGAUUUCUGGAAAGAGACAUUGAUGUUGAGUUUUUUUAAAUGUAUUUUUUGGCAUUUUGAGCACAACAGGCUGAGUGACAUCUAGUUCCAUUAUAUUGGAGAGAAGGCAGACAUCUCUGCGGCUGAUAUCUCCAACACUCUGCAACUCACACUAAAACAAUCUAGACUGAUAAACAGCACUGUAAGAUGAAAAAGACGUGUUGUUGAUUUUGGGGUGAACUGUUCCUUUAAUCCUGGCUUAGACAUCUAAUUAUUGCAGAGCUUGAACCUCAUUGACAGAAACACUUGUCUUUGUCAUUUAUUUUUAGCUGUGCUGUUCUCAAUGGACUGAAUGUUCUUUUUUUUUUGUAAAUAUAUGUACAACAUUUUUGAUUUAAGUGACUUUUGUUUUCUUUCGGUUUUAUUUUGUUGUUGUACAGUUUACUUAAAAACCAAGUUAUUUUUCCAAAUCCCUAGAGCACAUUCAUGGUCAUGACGGUUAAUCUGACUUGGAUGUUAAAAAUCACAUUUGUUGUUAUUCACGACAACCCAGAAAUUGCAGUUUUACUCUUUAAGAAUGUUAGUAGUCGUCCAAGUCAUCUUAGCAAUGGGGAAAAUUAUAUAUAAGGUAUAUAUCUUUGAUAAUAACUCAUGCUUACUCGCUCUGUGCUUGGGUCAUGAGCUGUGACUUUGAUGACAGUGAGGGCUGUUCCUAAUGUAUAUUUCAUUUAGAUUUAAUAGGAGUUCAAUGAAUAUAACUUGAAGGGGAAUCUCAUCCGAGAGAAUAUAUGAAUAAUCAACCACUGUGGGGAAUUCACCAAAGUAAAAUAUUAACGGUAAUUUCUCUCUUGGUGUGUCACCGAGCAGAACAACAGGUCAUUGUAAAUUUUCAGCAGUUAAGUUUUGCCAUGAAGAGUGUGUGUAACGCCAUAGUGGGGACACAGCGAGUGAGCUCUAACGGGCCAAAAAAACAGGAUGGGUACCAUAAUUAGGCCAUAACACUGCAAUAUCCCUUGUUGUAAUAAUUUGUGAAAUAUGUAUAUUUUAGGCAUUCGAAGAAAUAAAUUGGAAUGGUUUAACAAUGACA